GUCCUCGACCGCCACUCAUUUGCACCUACCCACGCGUAUUUCCAGUACUCCAUCUCGGGAGUGCAGCUGUAUAUUAUCUCGACCGGAAAUGGCGCUCUGGACGCGUCUCUUCGGCUCGACCAAGGAAGAAGACUACGAAACUAUCCUCUCUAAUCUAGCGAAUGACAUCCAGAAGCGCCAGGUCAAGCUCUCCGAGAUCCGCCUGCGCGAGCGGCGAACAACACUGCUGGUGACAAUGUGGACGCUCGCGGGCUGGGCAGCCUACGUGAGCGCGUGGUACAUGGCGCUUCUGCCCAGCUUCAGCGGGAGGGGGCCAAACAGCAAGUGGGAACGCGGGCUCGAGUCCGUGCCAGUGCUCCUGGGGCCGCUGCUCAUCCUCCUCAUCCGGCGCAUAAUGAUCUGGAGAUACGAGACCAAGGAGGCGAAGGAGGAGAAGCAGCUGCAGGCGCUUUUGAAGCAGCAGCGCGCGAAAAUCGAGGAGGUCAAGAAGAAGACGAACUACUACUCCACGCGCGACCUCAUCCAGAAGUACGACGAGAGCAACCAGACGCCGCAGGGCACCCCAGCGCGCGCCGCGCCACCCUCCCUGCCUCAAACUCCCCAGCGCCGUCCCGGACCGCUAGGCCCGAGCCCAGGCAUGACGCCGGUCGGCGCUCCCCCGUCCCCUGCGCUGCGCUCGCAGCUCGCCAUGCCCCCACCCAUGCCCACCGGCCCACCCAGGAAGAUGUGGUAUGACAAGCUCGCGGACGCGAUCCUCGGCGAAGACGGCGACCCCACCGGCGCCGCGUCGCGCUACGCCCUCAUCUGCGAGAAGUGCUUCGCGCACAACGGCCUUGUGAAGGAGAGCAUGUUUGACGAAGCUCAAUACCUCUGCCCGAGGUGUGGUCACUUCAACGCAUCGCGGCGCGCCAAGAAGGAGGGUCGCGCGAACGGCACGCCCGUAGGCAAGGUCCUGUACCCCACGCCCAGACCAGUUGUCUCCGAUGGCAAUCUCCGCCAACGCAGCUCGGAGCAGAGCGAGCUCAGACAUCGCGGCCGCGCGUCUCUGGACAGCGCACCAAACGGGCGGUCGCCGUUGUCGGGAGACUCAGGGAGUGGCGAGGAGCGCGAGGCGGAUUCGAGCAUGGAGGUGGACGAGUCCUAGCAUGCGUGGGGUGGUUGUGUUGACACUCAUGGUCCUGGAUGUCUAGCGUAUGCCACUGGUAGGUGUGAGUUCUGAUACCGAUUAUGUGCGCCCUCUCGAUCUAGCAUACGGCUCCGGACAGACUUUGUAUAGUACGGCGAUCGAUGGAGUAUAUUUGCUGUCGGAUUCUGCGAUGCGCGAUGCUCUGCGUAUGGUAAAACGGUUACCUGCGUG